UGCGUGUGUUUCCUCUUUUCUCCCCAAAGCGAACAUGAAAUAGUUUGUUGGGCUUCACUUCCCUUCCUCCGGUCCUUCCCCCGGUCCGUCCUCCCGCCCGGGCUCCAGGCUCACAGGACAGAUUGAACCCCAGCUGUGUGCGUCGCUUUCGGUCGGUGCCAUUCUCCCCCCUCCGCUGCCCGGUGAUGUUGGAUAUGGGAGAACGCAAAGAGGUGAAAAUGAUUCCGAAGUCCUCGUUCAGUAUAAACAGUUUGGUGCCCGAGGCCGUGCAGAGCGACAACCAGCAGCACCAGCACCAGAACCUGCACCAGAACCAGCACCACCUGCACCAGACCCACCUCCUGCACCGGCCCGGCGCUGCGGACGAGCCCGAGCAGAAGGCUCCUCUCCCGGCCGCCCAGCCGGAGCCGAAGCCGGAACCCAAGAGCGACGCGUCGGGUCAGGAGAGCUGCCCGGACGAGAAGGAGAAGCCGGAGGAGAAGAAGGAGGCGAAGGAGGCGGACGGAGGCGCCGGAGCGAAGGACGGAGACAAGAAGAGCGGCAAGUACGAGAAGCCUCCGUUCAGCUACAACGCGCUGAUCAUGAUGGCGAUCCGCCAGAGCCCCGAGAAGCGCCUCACGCUCAACGGCAUCUACGAGUUCAUCAUGAAGAACUUCCCGUACUACCGGGAGAACAAGCAGGGCUGGCAGAACUCCAUCCGCCACAACCUCAGCCUCAAUAAGUGCUUCGUCAAGGUGCCGCGGCACUACGACGACCCGGGCAAGGGCAACUACUGGAUGCUGGACCCCAGCAGCGACGACGUGUUCAUCGGCGGAACCACCGGGAAGCUCCGGCGGAGGUCCACCACGUCCCGGGCCAAGCUGGCCUUCAAGCGGGGAGCGCGGCUGACCUCCGGGCUGACCUUCAUGGACCGGGCCGGCUCCCUGUACUGGCCCAUGUCCCCCUUCCUGUCCCUGCACCACCCGCGGGCCGGCGGCGCCCUGGGCUACAACGGGACCUCCUCGGCCUACCCGGCGCACCCCAUGUCCUACAGCACCAUGCUGGCCCAGAACAUGGGCAGCAGCCACUCCUCGUUCCCGUCGUCCAACGGGCUGAGCAUGGACCGGCUGGUCGGCGGGGAUCUGCCCUACGCCACGCACCACCUGACGGCCGCGGCCCUGGCGGCCUCGGCGGUGCCCUGCGGCCUCUCCGUGCCCUGCUCCGGGGCCACGUACUCCCUGAACCCGUGCUCGGUCAACCUGCUGUCCGGGCAGACCAGUUACUUUUUCCCGCACGUCCCGCACCCUUCCAUGACCCCACAGAGCGGCGGCUCCCUGCAGGCCGCCCGGGCUUCGGCCUCCAACUCCCCGCAGGCUCCGUCCUCCUCCUCGCUGUCCUGUGACUCUCUGCGGCCGGCCCUGUCCGGCUCGCUGCCGGCCUUCUCCUCGGGACUUUCCGGGAGUUUGUCUGAUUAUUUUUCUCAUCAAAACCAGGGGUCGACCUCCAACCCGCUGAUACACUAACCCCCGGCCCCCCACCCCCCACCCUCACCCCCCACAGCCCGCAGGAGACAGC